CCUACUCUCGGUUUCCAAAGAAGCGCCUUCGUACUUUCUUUCUGUUUACCCUCUUUCUCCGUGUUCGAGUGAAAUUGCCGGCCGAGUCAGACCAUCGCGGAUCACCGAGAUAAACGGAUUACAAGAAUAUUGGAGAAAUCGUUUCAGAAAAGCAUACAAAACUAAAAGUUUGGUUCAAGAUGAGCAGCAUGAUGGCAAUACCCGCCUCCGUGGCAGGGGCGGUUUCCCAGAUAGCCUGGUGGACUCCGACAAUACUUACUGUACUUAGUUUUCUCGACCAACUCGACCCAGAUGGGCGACCAGUCAGUAUUGAGACCGAUGACCUACGACCCUAUUAUGACUUUGUAAUAGUUGGAGGUGGGUCAGCAGGGGCCGUCAUCGCCAACAGGCUUUCUGAAGUCGAGGAUUGGAACGUUCUUCUUCUUGAAGCAGGAGGCGAUGAAACGGAGAUCUCAGAUGUACCCUUACUCGCUGCCUACUUGCAAUUGAGUAAACUAGACUGGCAAUACAAAACGGAACCACAAGGCACUGCUUGUUUAGGAAUGAAUAAUAAACGAUGCAACUGGCCAAGAGGGAAAGUAAUCGGUGGUUCAAGUGUGUUAAACUACAUGCUUUAUGUUAGGGGCAACAAGCAUGAUUAUGACCACUGGGAAGCCUUGGGUAAUAUUGGAUGGGGCUCGAACCAGGCACUUUACUACUUCAAAAAGUCUGAAGAUAAUCGCAAUCCCUACUUAGCAAGGACAGAGUACCAUUCGACUGGUGGGUAUCUUACAAUUCAAGAAGCUCCAUGGCAGACUCCUCUUGCCGCAGCUUUUGUUAAAGCAGGCGUAGAGAUGGGCUAUGAGAACAGAGACAUCAAUGGAGAAAAGCAAACGGGAUUCAUGAUCGCACAGGGCACUGUAAGAAGAGGAGCACGAUGUAGCACAAGCAAAGCUUUUCUCAGGCCUAUUAAGCUUAGGCAAAACCUUCACAUAGCAAUGUAUUCACAUGUCACAAGGGUCUUAAUAAAUCCUCAAACAAAAACAGCUUAUGGAGUCGAAUUUGUAAAGAACGGUCAAAAGCAUAUUAUUAAAGCGUCCAAAGAAGUAGUUCUUUCUGCAGGAACAAUCGGUUCAGCACAACUGUUGAUGCUUUCUGGAAUCGGGCCAGCAGAGCAUCUCAAAGAACUGAAAAUAUCAGUUAUGCAAAACCUAAGGGUUGGCUACAACCUACAAGACCAUAUUGGCCUUGGAGGCCUGACAUUUUUAGUAAAUCAGCCAAUUUCUUUGGUCCAGAAGAGGUAUGAAAAUGUAGGUUCUGUAAUGAACUAUGCAGUAUUCGGUAAUGGCCCUUUAACAGUCCUCGGCGGUGUCGAAGGACUAGCGUUUGUCAAUACAAAAUACGCAAAUGCUAGUGAUGAUUAUCCAGAUAUAGAAUUCCACUUUGUAUCGGGGUCUACGAGUUCUGAUGGAGGUUCACAGCUCUGGAAAGCGCAUGGUAUAACAUCAUCGUUUUACGAUGAAAUAUUUGGGCCUAUUAAUAACAAAGAUGUAUGGUCGGCCAUUCCUGUUCUUCUUCGCCCAAAGAGCAAAGGGUUCAUCAAACUCAAAAGCUCCAAUCCUUUUGAUCACCCCUUGAUCUACCCGAACUAUUUUUUUGAACCGUUUGACAUGAAAACACUAGUUGAAGGAGUGAAAAUUGUCUUGGCGAUGAGCCAGACCAAAGCUUUUCAAAAAUACGGUAGCCAACUGUACAACAAGCCUUUCCCCGCUUGUAAAAGUAUUCCACAGUUCACGGAUUACUACUGGGAGUGCAUGAUAAGACAGUACUCGGUGACGAUCUACCAUCCAGUCGGCACAUGCAAAAUGGGCACGAGCUAUGACAAAGAGGCUGUGGUCGACCCACAGUUGAGAGUAUAUGGGAUCAAGGGACUGAGAGUGAUCGAUGCCUCCAUCAUGCCGACUCUCGUAAGCGGAAACACAAACGCACCGGUAAUUAUGAUUGCGGAAAAAGGUUCUGACAUGAUUAAACAAUUCUGGAACAGAAUACACUGAUUUGAAGCAGCUCAAAGUAAACUCUAGUCAGAACCAAUUUAUUUAAUUGAAAUAUUUUAUUGCAGCUUUCUGUCAAUGUAAAUAAUGUAAAUAAAAUUUUUAU